UUUGUUAUUGUGGCACUUAUAUCUAAUGAAAUUUUCUGCGAAGUUUAAAAAAAAUACCCCAUAUAGUGGAGCCAGAAAGGAUGUUAUACAAAAGAUAAAAAAUAAGUGUGAGACUAGGUAGGUAGAAUAAAAUUAGAAGAACUAUUGCAGGCGAUAGAAGAAAUUCAGGAGGUAGGAAACCGCGCGCAAGUAUCGAGCUUUGUGCCAUAUAUGUUAGGCCCCUAUACUUUGGCGAAUGCAUCAUUGAUGCAAGAAAAUCUGCGCCUAAAAGAAGAGAUAGAAACGUUGAAGGAUGAACUGCAAUACAGUGGCGACGAGCGGAUAGUAGCAGCAAGAAGAAAGCGUUUAAAAAAGUCGUGGAGAAGGUAACCAGUCCCGACAAAAUAGUACAAAUACUUUGACGAAGUGUAUACAAACCAAAUGACAGUCCACAAUCAAGCGGAGGACAGACUUGUUGAGAAUACAGCGGCAGUGGCGCUACGAAGAUCGAGGAACAUUAAACUGUUCUCAUUUUAGGAGUGUGAAGUCUGUUGGUGGCGUUCAACAUGCUACUAAGCAGCGCCUAAGUGGAAUAGUUACCCAGAUCAUAAACGUUGUGCACCGCAGCUCCAUAGUCGACUAGACAGGGACGGCGCUCAAAGCCAAGUUCGAAGAAGUCAGCAAGUACUUGGCGGAAUGGUUCAAGGCAGAACUCAAAGCGAUCGACACUCGCCUUAUGAUCGAUAAUUUUGUCAAGCUAGCGGAGAAGCUACUGGAAGCUUACCCUGACACAACUAUAGCGCCUUACAAGAGUUGUGAAGUCAUCAGUGCAAAUUGCUGCAAUAAUUCAACUUCCAGGCCUCUAAGUGGCUUCAGAAUCGACGAGGACUACUUCCUCAUCAACAUAAUGGACUACGAAAUUGGAGUCCAGAUCGAAGAGGAGUUUGCAUCAUUUGAUGGGGUAGCAUUCAAGGAUUUUAACAUACGGUACCUAAACAAUGCAGAAGAGGGCUACUUACGGCUGCUCACGGAAUCGCGCGCUACAUCCGUUAGCAGCUAUCAUGCCAAGCGUGUCUAAGGGACCUCCCGCAAGCGGAAGAAGACAUUUCCGAAGCCGUGGGCGAUCGAAAAGCUGCCAACGACAAAAAAGACAACUUUACUCUCACCAGCGUGAAGCCGGCCUUUUCAACACAAUAUGUGCACGGCGUAUUCAAGGCAGCCUACAGAAUUUUCUAUACAAAUAUGAUGGAAAAACUUCAGAGAGAAGUUCGACAAAAAAUUACUGAAUUCUAAAUUACAACACACCAU